AAUCGAACCAAGCACAGCCCUUCGCCGUAUCCCGCAAUCCCGAUUGCGACCGCAGGCAUGGACGACGUAAACAAGGCCAAGCCAACGCUGCCCUUAAUCGCCACUCUGAUAGGCGCCGUAUCAGGGCAGGCUCAAAAGCAAAAAGACAAUGAGCUUUCGCCUGUGGUCGGUUAUCCUCCGCGCAGAAUAUCGGGGAGUUCUCAAGGACUCAACACAAGCCCUAACAGGCUGCAUGUUUCAAAAAGUCCACGCCAUCCUCCUCUCCCCUCACCAGAGCUGCCUCCAGCGUCGGAUUUCGACUUUCCGCGGCUGUCUCCCACGAAAUACUCGCCAAAAGUUGGUCGUAUCCAUAACGACCUGCUUAUUUCUAUGAGUGCAAAUCCAGACCGGUAUGGUCAACCAACGUCUAUAUAUUCUCCCCUUAAGACCGACGGACCGCCACAGCUAUAUCCUCCGAUUGCGGAUGUACCUUAGUCGGCCUUGGCACGUACAAAGCCAGUAUCGGACGAUAUACAGCUCGAUGGACCUAUUCGAGGUCACCCACUCGCACCAUUUCGCGAUCCGUCAUCCGACGCGACGGCAUACAACAGCCUCACACAGCAGAGACCUUUGCUCACCAAUUUCCCGUCGCCCAUAGCUGGUUCGAGCUUGCCUCCGAUUGAACCGCAAAUGGCGCCCACCUGGCAGCAUCACCACUGUUACCCGCCUGCAAAUCCCCCAGCUUACCCGCAGCCGCAAGAGCGAUAUAUUUACCCGAACUAUAACAAACCAUUUUCUAGACCAAGCUCCCUCAAAAUUCAUACACAUUCCCACACGGGAGAGAAGCCCUACCGGUGCAAUUACGCCAGCUGCGGAAAGUGCUUCAGUGUGAGGAGCAACAUGAAAAGACACGAGAGGGGCCACCGAGCCCAGGGCCAAAACGAUGCAGGAAAUGGCCCUGGUUCACGCAAAGAAUGACGUUCGUAAGGGGCAAGUUCCA